AUUUAUUUAUUUACCUUGUCGUACUUGGCUGUUGUUUUCUGUUGCUGCUCUUUGUAAACCGCUCGCCUCCAUGGGGGGCGGAGGUAAGGAAAUAAAAGCCGCGGCUGAAGGGUGCAAGAGCCUGCCGGGGCAGCGGCGGGCAGCCGCAGGACGGGAUGGCAGCGGGCAGCCCGGCUGCGGCGGCAGCCGCGCCUCGGCGCUGGCCGCCCUCCUCUCGGCGCUGGCGGCGGCCGCCUGCGCCUACCUGGGCGUGCGGACCAGCGACCUCCAGGCGAGACUCUCGGCCAUCGAGGGCGCCCGGGGGGGCCUCUCCGCUGCCGCCGCGCCGCUCCCGCCGCUGUCCGCCUUGUCCCUGGAGCAGCUGAACGCGAUGAUGCAGGAGAAAGUGGAGCGACUCCUGGCCCAGAAAUCCUAUGAGCAUCUGGCAAAAAUACGAGUAGCGAGAGAAGCGCCUCUAGAGUGCAACUGCCCACCAGGUCCUCCAGGGAAACGAGGUAAGCGAGGCAGAAGAGGAGAGACUGGACCUCCUGGUCUACCAGGGCGAAAUGGCUAUCCGGGCCCGAUUGGUAUGGAUGGAAAGCUGGGUCAACCUGGUCCUCAAGGCCCUCCUGGUCCAAAAGGCGAGAAGGGAGAUCAAGGUGAUCAGGGCCCUCGGAUGGUGUUUCCUAAAAUCAAUCAUGGGUUUCUCUCUGCUGAUCAGCAGCUCAUUAAACGCCGCCUCAUUAAGGGGGACCAAGGACAAGCUGGACCCCCUGGACCUCCAGGGCCUCCAGGACCCAGAGGUCCACCAGGAGAUACCGGCAAAGAUGGUCCUCGAGGGAUGCCUGGCGUACCGGGUGAGCCAGGAAAGCCAGGUGAACAAGGAUUGACAGGACCUCAGGGGCCUGAAGGACAAAAGGGUUCUGUUGGAGUGCCUGGGGUACCAGGGAGAGACGGACAAGUGGGUGAACCAGGUUUGCCUGGUGUAGCAGGAGAGAAGGGAGCAACAGGGCUUAAGGGUGACCCUGGAGAGAGAGGAGAAAAGGGUGAUGCUGGAGAAAAUGGACCCAAGGGUGACACAGGAGAAAAGGGUGAUCCUGGUUCUUCUGCUGCAGGAAUUAAGGGUGAACCUGGUGAAUCUGGACGACCUGGACAAAAGGGUGAACCAGGUCUUCCUGGGCUUCCUGGACUCCCUGGGAUAAAGGGUGAACCAGGUUUCAUUGGUCCACAAGGAGAGCCUGGGUUACCAGGCCUGCCAGGAACGAAGGGUGACAAAGGGGACACAGGCCCCUCUGGGAAGGGUGAACGAGGUGACCCUGGAGUUCCCGGAUCAAAGGGAAGAACUGGUGAACCUGGAUCGAGAGGCCCCAAAGGGUCAAAGGGUGAUACAGGUGGCAAAGGUGACGUAGGAUCUGUAGGUCCACGGGGGCCACCUGGACAAAAGGGUGAGCAAGGUGCAACGGAGAUAAUUGAUUACAAUGGCAAUAUCCACGAAGCUCUGCAGAGGAUUACCACCCUAACCGUCACGGGUCCACCGGGACCACCAGGACCCCAAGGACUGCAAGGGCCAAAGGGUGAACCAGGAUCCCCAGGAACUCCRGGCGUUGAUGGGGAGCAGGGUCCUAAAGGCUCAAAAGGGGAUACAGGUGAACCUGGAAUGCCUGGAGAAAAGGGCGGAAUUGGACUGCCUGGCUUGCCAGGAUCCAGUGGUAUGAAAGGUGAAAAAGGAGAUACUGGUUUGCCUGGUGCCCAAGGCCAUUCGAUCGUAGGACCACCUGGACCAGUGGGGCCACAUGGUCCUCCAGGCCCUAUGGGACCUCAUGGACUGCCUGGCCCAAAGGGUGAACCAGGGUUAAAUGGUCUUAAUGGAUUGAAGGGUGAAGCAGGUCAAAAGGGUGACAGAGGGCCCCUUGGUCUUCCAGGAGCAUCUGGCUUAAACGGAAAGCCAGGAGCCCGGGGUGUUGAUGGCCCAGCUGGUCCCUACGGCCCUGCAGGUCCUAAAGGGGAGAGAGGUGAAAAGGGAACUGCUGGYGACCCCGGACCCAGAGGACCAUAUGGCUUGCCUGGCCGAGAUGGCGAGCCUGGCCUUGAUGGUUUUCCUGGCCCUCGAGGAGAAAAGGGUGAUAUAGGAGAAAAGGGAGAAAAGGGAUUCCGUGGAAUUAAGGGGGAAAAAGGGGAGCCAGGCCAGCCUGGCCUGGAUGGGCUGGAUGCCCCUUGCCAAUUGGGUCCCGAUGGAUUACCAAUGCCUGGCUGUUGGCAAAAGGGAGUCACUCCAUGGCUUAUUGCUAAAAAGAGAUAAGCAGAGGAGAGUAGAAAGAGGCCUUGAAAUUUUGGGGAACGCAGUUGCAGCUGCAGGUGGAUGGCUUUCAGCUUUGCGGGUCACCUUUGUGCAGAAGGGUCCUACCUGUCGAUCAGCAUCAGUUUGCCUUGCACAGUCAUGAAGACAUUGGCAAUAGGACCUGCCGCCUGCUUCAUCUAGGAGAGGAGUUUGGAGAAGCAGCCAGACUUCACUGUAGCUCGCUUGAAAAGGUUACAAAGAUCCUGCAGGGAUCACUAGGCAGCAGAUGCUGCUGGAAACCAGAAGCUUCUCAACCAUACUCACGGUAUGUGCUCUACGUAUUGUGUUUUAGGACUGCUGAAAGAAGAAGCAUUUCUGAGAGGGAGGAAUUAGAACAUUCUCCUCUGCCAAAUAAUGGAACCRACUAGCUCUGUAGGUACCACAGUGUGUUCUUUCAGGUGAUUCAAGUUACACAGAGUUUGUUGACUUUCUCCACAGUUUUGGAAGCUGUGGUUAAUUUUGUUUCAUUUUCCUUGUAACAGUUUCCAUAAAGGAUAAAUUUCAAUAAUCUAUUCAACAUUUGUGAUGAUGGCUUUGAAGAAAGUAAUUCAGAUCAUAUGUUGGUCUUGUUUCAGUAUUAACAGUUUUUCUUUUACAGUUUUUGAAACCUUUAAAUCUAAAGAGGUGUUUAUUUUCAUGUUUCACAGUAGAGUUYUUUUCAUUUUGUUCUUAUUCUGCUGUUGCAAUGACUUUGGUGGACACAGUUACCCAGAAAACACUAGAGAAAUGUCCAUGUGGUUACUGUUGCACUCUUGUCAUCACCGUACACUGUAAAAGGUGUAAUUAUUUCUCCAUUUCUCAUCAAGUCAUUAGGAUUCAAGAGUAACAUUGACAACAAUUUGCUUCUCAUUUUUUAAUUACAAGGAGUACUUAAUUCAUGCACAUUUGUAGUUUUUUGCAAGAAGGAAUUUUGAAUGAUUUUGAGUCUUCAUAUGGUGCACUGUACUUAGUUAAAAGAUUAGUUUAUGAGAGGGUGUCAUAUUUAGCAGAAGGAAGUUCUUUUCAUAUCGCCUCAAUUCCUAGUGUACAGCAGGAUAAUUAAGUUACCUUUCUGAGUGUUAUUUUUCGUGUGUUGACCAAAACUAGAGCUGAGGAAGGCAGCUUGUUUCCAUCCAUGUGUGGGCAGCUUGUCCAUCUCUGAAUGCACAAAUUUCCUUAACAAGUGAUUUCUGAGUUGUGAAGAUGGGGACCUGCUGUGGUUGCACUUUCCAGCAUCUCUUUAGAAUCUCAGAUCAGUAUAAAUGCAGCUCUAGGGCUGCUUCCCACCUUGUUAAAUGUUGAUUGUCACUGUGGAAUAUCAUAGACAAAACCAGCUUUUGCUGGGAGGAAAACCUUACACAACAUGUUCUUUUAAUSUAAAAGCUACUUUUGAGAUCUCUAAUAGCACCCUACUAGUAAAAAUAAAGUUUCAAAAAUAGAUGGAAGUUUAAAUAGAUAUAUACAGAGAAUUUUUAAUGGUCAAUUUAAUCUUUCUCACAAUACAAGAUUAACAAAUGUUCACACAUAUAAGGAAGAGUAUUUUUCUUGGCUUAAACUCACUCAGAUAUGCAAACUGAACUAUUUUGAAUAAUUGAUUACAAAUAGUAAAAGCCUUUGUGUCAUUUUAGCAAUUCUAUAUUGUAAGAGUCCACAAACACAACUAACUUUAAGAAAUAUAAUUGAGACCUACCAAAUGCACCAAUUCAAACUAGUGGGACUGAUGUCAAAAAAUGAGAUUUAGAUUCAUUACUGUGAAAUAUAUUUUUUUACUCCAAAACAUCAGUCAAAACCUGGCUUUCCUCACUGACUCCAAGGCCUGACAGAACA